ACUUUGGUUGUGAAACUGCCUUCGUGUCGCUAGCCGAUGAAUUUUGCUGAGUAGGUUAAAUCAAAGUGAAUUUGUAGUUUAUUAAUUUACUUGCUAGUCGUUCAACUAAAGGCAAAUUGAAUAAAAUUGUUAUUAGAAAUCUUUAAAUAAUAAUCAACUGCAAAAUGGGUCUGUUAUAUGGGAUUGGUAUUAGGAUUAUGAAUUUUAUGGUAUUUUUCCUAAUCGUAAUUUUAUUGCCGGGUCUACCACCGCGAACCACUUUUCCCUAUAAAGCAUUUCAUAUUACACCUGCCAAAGAGUUAAAAGGUGCUUUGGAGCCCAAUCAACACCUGGAUGGUGCUGAACGUCUGUUGGAAGGGCGUGUCUAUGGCCCAGAAUGUCUUAUUGCGCGUAAAAAUGAAAUUUAUACCGGUAUACAUGGUGGUGAGGUGAUUAAAUUAACCGCUGACCACGUUACACACAUUACCAAGUUUGGACAACCUUGUGAAGAAAUAUUCGAAGAAUCUCGUUGUGGUCGACCUUUAGGCCUUGCUUUUGAUACACAAGGUAAUAAUUUGAUUGUUUCGGACGCUUACUACGGCAUUUGGCAAGUAGACCUUAACAGUAAUGAGAAGAAACUCCUGGUAUCGCCAAAUCAGGAACUCCCUGGUAAAGACGUGCAACGUAAAGCAAAAAUUUUCAACACAGUUACUGUGGAUCAGAAAGGUGAUAUUUAUUGGACUGAUUCAUCUUCAGACUUUUUGCUACUCGAUUUAGUGUUCAGCUCAUUUGCUAAUCCUUCUGGCCGUCUCUUCAAGUACGAUCGCGCUACCAAUGUUAGCAAGGUUUUAUUGGACGAACUAUUCUUUGCUAAUGGUUUGGCGCUAAGCCCUGAUGAGGACUUCAUUAUUGUUGCCGAAACUGGAGCGAUGCGUUUGGUUAAGUAUCAUUUAAAGGGCGCUAAAGCUGGACAGAGUGAAGUCUUUGUGGAGGGUUUACCUGGUUUGCCGGAUAAUUUGACACCUGACGCUGAUGGUAUUUGGGUGCCACUCAUUAUGGCAGCUGAUAGCGAACAUCCAAAUGGUUUCAAUAUUUUCGCCAAUUUCCCAAGUAUCCGUUUAUUCUUAGCCCGUCUCCUGGGUCUCUUCGAGUUGCCAUUCCGUUUAAUUAACAAUGCAUUUCCAAAUAAGUUAGCCCAGAGAUUUAUUCACUUCAUUGGACACGGUGAAAGUAUCUUACUGAUGGCGCCUAAACGCUCGACCAUUGUCCGUGUAGAUUGGAAUGGUAAUAUUGUUGGCUCGCUCCAUGGCACCGAUAGAUCUGCAGGCGCUGUUUCACAUGUAUUGGAGUUCAACGAUCACUUGUAUUUGGGUUCGCCGUUCAAUCGAUUUUUGGCACGUGUAAAAUCGCCUAGAGCCGGCAGACAGCCAGAGAUUAAGGUCAAAAAUGUCAGGUAUGAGGGCGCUGGUUUAGAAGCAUCUGUUAAGUCAUCACCAAGCACUACUACUGCUAAGCCUAAGCCUGCAGCUACUAAACCACUAACUACAACCACAGCGAAACCGACAACAACAAGAACUACUACGACAACAACAACAACCACAUCCACAACGCCACGACCAACAACGACUACGCCUAAACCGACAACAACAACAACAACAACGAAAAAACCUACAACUACUACAACAGCCAAACCAGUAACAACCACACCUUCGCCAUCUAAGUCAGCGACUAAAUCCGAUGCUGUAAAACAAAAACCCACACCACCAGCGGCUAAACCGACGACAGCUACACCAAAAGUGUCAACAACAACACCACGUCCUUCUGCAGAUUCGAAACGCGUGCCACCCAAAGAGCCAGCACCAAUUAAAGAGGAAAUACCAAACGAUACGAAACCACCAAAAUUCGACAAACUGAAAGUGAUUACCAAAACAGGCGAACAUCUCGAACUAUAAAACGACUAACUCCAACAAAAAACUAAAAACAUAAAUGCAUAUAAAUAUAUAGCAUCAUUUCCUGCCUUUGCCGUCUGAGGUGUCGAUCAACGAGCAUAGACACACACACACAUACACACAACAUAACUAACAACAUCAACAUUGAGCAGACGUGUUAUAAAAGCGCAUGCAAUGACAGGAAUUUAAAGUGAGAAUGCGAAUUAGUAGCAAUAAUGUAGUAAAUAUUUAUGAAAUAUGACAUAACUCGCGAUUAAACGAUUUCAAAGACUAUCGCAUAACCGUUAAACGCUGUUUAACGUAUCGGUCGUGUCGCCGAUAAAAGGCUGUUACACAAGUAGAGCUUAAAAAAUUGGUUUUAGCGGCAUAUUUUUGUUCGUUACAGCAAUAAAAGACUUCAGUACGUUAGAGUAUACAUUCCAAAUAACAUUCCAACAAAUUUUUAACGACGAAAAAGCGCUAAACACUUCUGCACUUAGUUAUAAAUGUUUGUAUUAUAAUUAUUAAAGAAUGUAUAUGCGACGCAAAUGUUUUUCAUAUAGAAAAUUAUAAAGAAAUAUUUCGAACAGACUUUUUGAUAUUAACUGGUAUUUAACUCAUUUGCUCAUUGUAAAAAAAUUACUUAAUAAUUGAAACAAUAAUCUCUAAAGAAACUAGUGCGGAUCUCUAUAUAAAAAAAUGUAUUAAAAAAUUAUUGGUUCGAACAAAGUUUUUGUAAACGUCCGCUAAAAUUAUCUCU